GCCGGUGUGUGAGUGUGUGUGAGUGUGCGCGCGCUGCGCAGCUGGGCGCAGCGCUCGGGGCCGGGCUGGGCCGGGCCGGGCCGGGGGCAGCGAGGAUGGAAGGCGGUGCGUACGGAGCUGGCAAGGCUGGGGGCGCCUUCGACCUCCAGACCUUCAUCCGGCAGCCCCACACCGUGCUGCGCCUGGUGUCCUGGGUAUUCACCAUUGUUGUCUUUGGGUGUAUAGUGAAUGAGGGCUACCUGAACGACUCAGAGGAGGGUAAGGAGUUUUGCAUCUUCAACCGAAAUAGCAAUGCCUGCAACUAUGGAGUCACUGUGGGUGUUCUGGCCUUCCUCACCUGUGUCCUCUACCUGGCCUUGGAUGUCUACUUUCCUCAGAUCAGCAGCGUCAAAGACCGGAAGAAGGCUGUGAUCUCGGACAUUGGCGUCUCGGCCUUCUGGGCGUUCCUCUGGUUUGUUGGUUUCUGUUUCUUGGCCAAUCAGUGGCAGGUCUCCAAACCUGAGGACAACCCUAUGAAUGAGGGAACAGAUGCGGCUCGAGCUGCCAUCACCUUCUCCUUCUUCUCCAUCUUUACUUGGGUUGGCCAGGCGGUGCUGGCCUUCCAGAGGUACCGGAUCGGCGCCGACUCAGCCCUCUUCUCCCAGGACUACACGGACCCAAGCCAGGAUUCGAGCAUGCCUUAUGCCCCCUAUGCCAAUGAGCCGGAGGCUGCACCCGACAUUGGUGGCUCCUACCAGCAGCCUGCCAAUGCCUUCGAUGCUGAGACACAGGGCUACCAGACACAGGGGUACUAACCUAGUUAUCGGCCCUUCCCCAAGCCCCUUCUGGCCCCCACGUUCAUUCCCCCUUGACUUCUCCACUUCAGCGGCCAGAGGCAAAGAAAGACGCUCCCAUUGCCUUCUCCCUCCUAAGCCCUCCGCCCCAGCUGUUUUACACACAUACACUCACACUCACACACACAAACUCCAAACUCGCCGUUCUCUCCCAGUCCUUGACCUCAUCUCCUCUCGCUGAACGGAGUCCAUUUCCAUCAUGCUGAGGUGUGUGUAUCCUGCCCCUCUCAAACCUUACUAGAAAUGUCUCUGAAUUCCACCUGGGUCUUAGGGGUGGAGAAAGCUACAGAAUAUCCAGGGGGCUUGACCAUCCAGGGAGAGAAUGGUGGUGUCUACCCGAGGGGUAAAUGGGUAUGGUUGAGGGGGAGGCGUGGAGGUGUGCACGCAUGUGUGUGUGCUCGUGUAUGUGUGUAAACAUGUGUCUGUGUAAAUGGGAACAGUCACCAGGGGCUGUUGUUGGGAGAGCUGAGCAAGUGUAAGCACAUUGGUGGCAGAAAGGUUUAUAAGUCUGUAGAGGAGUGACUUAGAGGGGCUCCUACUGGCAGAAGGGUCAGGUGUGUUGGGAGAAUGAUAAGAGCGCUGGAUUCAAGGGAGAGAAGA